ACAUUGUGCUACAUGAUCAUCCAUCGUAUUAAGCGUACGUUAUCAGAAUAUGAAUCAAAGAAAUAUAAACCACUAUAUUCUCAAACAUAAGCAUUCUCUCUCUGUGGUGCAUCACUGUAAGAUCAGGUACAGUGCGUAGCAAAAAAAACACUUAUGUUGUAUCAAAGUAUUUGUUUUUCUUUAAUUUUGCUAAAAGCAAACUACCUUUCAAACGGGUUUCAUAAAUUCAAAUACAAAUGACAACAAAUGUUAAAAACAACCCCGAAACACACCACAUUUUCCAUGCAUUUCCGUAAGUACUGUACUGUGUGUAAAAGUCAGUGUUCUUUUUCAACGUAUAUCAAGGCGCCUGUUAUCACCAAGCGGGAAUUCCCACCGUAUUAUGCUGCCGGCAAACACAAACGCUUCCAACAUUGAAGAUGUCAGUUUCAACCUAUCGUUCGGGCUGUACAGUGCUCAAAAGUUCGUGCUAAAAUGGGAUGGCUACAAAGUGUAUCGCUGUUAAGUCUUUUCUUUGUCUGCAGUGUAGUUCUUGCUCAGAAUGAUUGGGAUCCCACAACAAGACGGUGGAUAACUACCUCCAGAAUAGUGAGCAAACAAGACUCAAAUGUGCCAUAUUCAUACAGAAACCUUCAUUGGCCGGUGUAUAAAUGCCGCGAGUACAUUCAAGAUUACGACUGUGUAUUCCACGAUGUGUCUAUCGAUAGAAACUCUCCCGGUUUUUACUUCGGUUAUGAAAAUGUGACGCUGAACAACCAGAAAAGAAUAACAUUCAAGAACUCGACCAUGCGAAAGCUAUCGGAGACAUUGGUAAGCUCAUACAGACAGAUCGAGGUACUCAAUCUCAACGGUCUGCAGAUAGAGGAAAUCGCACCGUACGCUUUUACAAACGGUUAUAAUAUCGAAGAUCUGUAUAUGCGCUCUAACGACAUUCAGAAACUGCCUUAUAAUGCGUUUAGUCAUAUGAAAUUCCUCCGUGUGCUGGUGCUGGACCGAAACUAUGUAAGCAGACUGCCAAUGGGGAUUUUUUUAAAUAAUCCCAAUCUUGUCGCACUGACGAUCAAUAAUAACAAUCUGGAAGAAAUCAGUGAUAAUACCUUCCAAUAUACUAAAGUCCUGCAGAAUCUGGAACUGUCCAGUAAUAAGCUUACCCACAUUGACCUAUCCCGCAUUCCGAGCCUUCACUAUGGAAAUGUUAGCUUCAAUCGCUUAACGACACUAGCAAUUCCAGUGGAGAUAAAAAUACUAGAUGCCUCGUACAAUCAAAUCAACACCGUAACGGGUCCAAACAAUUACAAUCUCACUCAUCUCCAUUUGCACCACAACAAUCUAACUGAGAAUUUUUGGCUUAUGCGCUAUCCCCGGCUGAUUGUUGUAGAUUUGUCAUACAACGAGCUAGAAGAGAUAACGUAUAGAGACUUCAACAAAAUGGUGCAACUCAAGGAACUGUAUUUGUCUCACAACCGGCUGAUAGCAUUGAACUUCGGUACCUCGCGCAUCCCAACACUCCAGAUACUUGAUGUACGGCACAAUCAUCUGCUGCAGGUGGUAAGGAACCAGAAUCAGUUCGAUACUCUGACGCAGCUGUAUCUCGAUCACAACUCAAUCGUAACGCUUAAGCUCAGCUCCAACAACACACUCCAAAAACUCACACUAUCGAACAACGAUUGGGAUUGCAGCAGUCUAAAUGUACUGUUCGGAAGUGUCCGUAAAUCGAUUAUACUUGACAGUGACCACAAUUGCAAGCCAGACUACCAACUCAAGCAAAACUUGUGCUGCAAGGUAAGCGAAAAACCGUACCUGGACCGAUUGAUGCAUCAUUUCCAUGAGACAAGCAUUACAGAAAAGUUACAACGUGCACGCGGACCCUGCAGCGCAAAUGACACACUCACCAGCAUUCAGAGUUUGACCGAUUACGUGAAUCAGCAUGGUGGAAGUAGGCUGUUGCCAUCGAACCCACAGCUUCAGGCCGAAAUCAAUCAACUGCAGGGCGAUGUCAGUGGGCUAACAUACGAACAGUCGCAGAACGAGCAAUUUCUUAAAAGUAUGCACACCGAGAUCGACAAUUAUUUGCGUCGGUACAACGUGACAAAGGAUGAAUUGCUUCGCCCAAGCGAGAAUCUGCGCAAAUUGCUUGUACAUCUGAAAAUUCGACAAAUGUUAAAGCAGCAAGCCACAUACUUUUACGAAUUUCAGGUCCUUAGUAGACGACAAGAAACAGAAGCAGUCGAACAGGAGAAUAAAGCACUGAAGGCUAAACUCGAUGCGCAGAAUAGGAAGUAAAGAUAAGAUCAGAAAGCAACAGAUGUUCUAAACCAGGGGUCUCCAAAUUACGGCCCGAGGGAGGGCCCGAGAGAUCCCGAGAUUGGCCCUCAGCAAUGGCUAUUCCACUCAAAGCGCCCCGCCAUCUGAAAUAGUUUGCGACCGAGUGCGCAUUGCAAUAAUUAUAGAUAAGAAAACUAAUUUGCAGCAUGUAUUCAAACUAUUGAGAUCAUAUACAAUGUACCACGCUACCUCAAGAGAAAGUCAAAUAUAUUUUCAAUUCAGUUUAGUACAGGUUUUAAAA